CGGCAGCAACAGGCGGCGGGCUGGGCUCGGGGCGCAGGCGGCGCGGGAGCGGGCGGGAGCCGGAGCGCCGCGGCCCGCGCGGCCGGGUCCCCGCCGCAUGGAAGAGCAUCUCAGCCUGCUGAGCUCGCCGCCGCCCGCCGCCCGCCACCGCGCCCCCCCGGCCCCGCGCCCCGCCGGCGGCGGCGCCCGCACCCUGGUGAACCCGGGCUACGCCGAGUCGGCCGCGGGCCCCGAGCUGCCGCCCGACAUGACCGUGGUGCCCGGGGACCACCUGCUGGAGCCGGAGGCGGCCGGCGGCGGCGGCGGGGACCCGCCUGAGGGCAGCUGCGGCGGCGGCGGUGGCGGCUGUGACCGUGACCGCUACGAGCCGCUGCCGCCCGCGCUGCCGGCCGCCGGCGACCAGGACUGCUGCGGGGAGCGCGUGGUCAUCAACAUCUCGGGGCUGCGCUUCGAGACGCAGCUCAAGACCCUCUGCCAGUUCCCCGAGACGCUGCUGGGCGACCCCAAGCGGCGCAUGCGGUACUUCGACCCGCUCCGCAACGAGUACUUCUUCGACCGCAACCGGCCCAGCUUCGACGCCAUCCUCUACUACUACCAGUCCGGGGGGCGCAUCCGCCGGCCGGUCAACGUGCCCAUCGACAUCUUCUCCGAGGAGAUCCGCUUCUACCAGCUGGGCGAGGAGGCCAUGGAGAAGUUCCGCGAGGACGAGGGCUUCCUGCGCGAGGAGGAGCGGCCGCUGCCCCGCCGCGACUUCCAGCGCCAGGUGUGGCUGCUCUUCGAGUACCCGGAGAGCUCGGGGCCGGCGCGGGGCAUCGCCAUCGUGUCCGUGCUCGUCAUCCUCGUCUCCAUCGUCAUCUUCUGCCUGGAGACGCUGCCCGAGUUCCGCGACGAGAGGGGCUACUUCGCGCCGCCGCCGGCGCAGGAGCUGCCGGAGGGGGCGGGCAACGGCACGGCGUCGGGGGCCGCCGCCGCGGGGACCUCCAGCUUCUCCGACCCCUUCUUCGUGGUGGAGACGCUGUGCAUCAUCUGGUUCUCCUUCGAGCUGCUGGUGCGGUUCUUCGCGUGCCCCAGCAAGGCCACCUUCUCGCGCAACAUCAUGAACCUGAUCGACAUCGUGGCCAUCAUCCCUUACUUCAUCACGCUGGGCACGGAGCUGGCCGAGCGCCAGGGCAACGGGCAGCAGGCCAUGUCCCUGGCCAUCCUGCGUGUCAUCCGGCUGGUGCGGGUCUUCCGCAUCUUCAAGCUCUCCCGCCACUCCAAGGGGCUGCAGAUCCUGGGCCAGACGCUGAAGGCGUCCAUGCGGGAGCUGGGGCUGCUCAUCUUCUUCCUCUUCAUCGGCGUCAUCCUCUUCUCCAGCGCCGUCUACUUCGCCGAGGCGGACGACCCCACCUCGCGCUUCAGCAGCAUCCCCGACGCCUUCUGGUGGGCCGUGGUCACCAUGACGACCGUGGGCUACGGGGACAUGCACCCGGUGACCAUCGGGGGCAAGAUCGUGGGGUCGCUCUGCGCCAUCGCUGGCGUCCUGACCAUCGCGCUCCCGGUCCCCGUGAUUGUCUCCAACUUCAACUACUUCUACCACCGGGAGACCGAAGGCGAAGAGCAAGCCCAGUACAUGCACGUGGGCAGCUGCCAGCACCUCUCCGCUUCGGCCGAGGAGCUGCGGAAAACCAGGAGCAACUCCACGCUGAGUAAGUCGGAGUACAUGGUGAUCGAAGAGGGGGGCAUGAACCACAGCGCCUUCCCCCAGACCCCCUUCAAGACGGCCAAUUCCACCGCCGCCUGCACCGCGAACAAUAACCCCAACUCCUGUGUCAGCAUCAAAAAGAUAUUUACGGAUGUGUAGCCUACCAUCCCAGUGACCUGCUGUGCUCAGGCUCGCGCGGACCGUGCCCCCCUGGUCUGUGUCUGCCCUUGUUUUAGACAUUUCCAGACCAUCCAUCCAGGAAAGGACAGGAGGAAGUGGAGCGCGCACUUCACCCCCUCCCCUCACCCCCCCAGGACUGCUUCACACUGAAACAGGUGUCUGUUUUGCAAGUGGGCUGCAUUCUCUCAGCUCUCGCUCGCUCUCUCUCUCUCUCUCUCUCUCUCUCUCUCUCUCUCUCUCUCUCUCUCUCUCAAUAUUGCAAACAGCAAACUUUGAAUUUGAUUUCCAGGACCCGCCCUAUGGGAGAAAACAAAACAAAAAAACCCCUGUACAUCCCGGGAGGAAAUGAAACUGCAGAACAGUUAGAGUAACUGUUUAACCUCAGAAUUAAGUCAGCUGUUUCUUUACUACGUAAAGCAGGCACACGCCGAAAGGACGCUUCCUUUCUUUGGACCUUUACUCAGCAGCACUGAAUAGUUUAGCUCAACUGCCGACACUGUGGAUAUGUGGAUGGAAAGUCCAAUUAAAAAGACGGAUAAACGCACCGGAAGUUUAUUUGGUUUUUGACUGGAAUUUCUAUUCUGUUCGGAACCCCCAUCCCAGAAUUUUAAGGAUCUCUACAACUUUGAACAAAGGGAAGUGCCCAAGAUGUACUGACCUGACUCAUUCAUUUAACUCUUGGGGCUUGUUAGGCAUUUCCAAAGUAUGAGACUAACAGAUUCCUGUGAAGUUCUGUGUGUGUGUGUGUGUGUGUGUGUGUGUGUGUGUGUGUGUGUUGCAGCCACUAGAAACAGAUGUUUUCAGUGCUGCUGAGAGAAACAAAAAAAAAAAUUUCCUAAAUGCAUCUGAGAGAUAAGCUUCUGCGGCAUCACAAGAAGAUUAAAGUGGCAGACAUUCCUUCCAGCGGAAGUUACUAAUUCCAAACCGGCUGAUGUAGUUUCCAUAGCAACCCAGGUUUCCUAGGAAACCCGAAAAAGGUUGUCAUGGCAUCUCUUGCUCUCUGUCCCUGCCCCCCUAGCCCCUGCCGUUUCCACAGUAACCUUUCCAGAUGGUUCCUACUUACAUGAUUUCAUAAGGAAAACCACUGUUUGAAUAAACCGCACAAAUGAAGGGAAGUCUGAAAUUCCAAGGUGGUGAAAUGACUCACAAAAUGCAUAUUUUUUUACUACAAAAAAAAAAAAGCAUUGAUAUCACCCUAUAAUGACUGAAUCGAGAAGGAAAAUGCCAUCUUUGGGAUUUUAGGUAUACACCACAAUCAGGCGUGACUUGAAUUAAAUGUGAGUAAUUAGGCAAUAAUUUCAAAAGAUGCUUCUCUACUGUUUUCUUUCACCAAGAACUUUCCGGCCAACCAAUGAAAUAAAAAAAAGCAAAUAUAAAGGUGUUCUGUACAUAACCAAAGGAAAGAUUCCAUUGGUGUAUCCGAAACCUUGCUACAAGGGACCUUCAGAUGUCCUCUUGUUAACAACAGAAAAACACAGAUUCCACAACACACCGUCACCAUCACGGCACUUGAAAAGCUAAAUAAAAUCGCAAAUUAUGAAGGACGCGUGUUUGUAACUGAGGGAAUCGCAGACAAUCCAUAGAAAGGAGGGACGGGAAGUAACCAGAUCUUGGGGAGAUGCCUUCAAGUUUCAGCCAUGUGCCAGGGUUGCUGGAAGACAGACAGACUCAGAUACCUGAAGAGCCCACAUAAAGAGCCGUCAAGCCAUACUGACCAGUAGGCUGCUCAUGUCUUUCCCUGUCUAGCUCAAGAAUGCAGUGUUGGGUCUGUCCCUGAUGGGCGAUGAGCUGCCUGCCAGCCGUUGACGUCUGCUUUAGUUGACGUUAAGUAACAUGUCUCCAACAAAUGCAUUCUGUAAGGGAAAUAGCUCUGAGAAUCUUCUUCAAAGUGUAUGCAAUACAAAAGAUAUUCAUCAAGAAAGAACGAAGAAUGUCAACAAUAUUAGGGUAUCAUUUCAACCUUUUGACAUUUUGAUGAAAUCCAGUGAUCCCAAAACUAAGCAGUAUUGCUGAUAAAGAGAACCUAAAUGUUUGUUUCCAACAAGCCAACUGUGACUGUGUUUCUGCUUUCAGCUAAUCACCGGGCUGUGUUUAAUCACGAGAUACAUUAACGUGAUCUUCUGUGUUCUGGCUUUUGUGCAACUUUAUUGAUGACUGUGUUUUGUACCAAAGGCUCUCGUGCAUAGAUUAGCCCAUCUCCACGUGAGUAAGUGAAAUGUACACUGUGCCCCGAUGAAUGACGUUAAAGACAGACUUGCCUAAAA